CCGAACCUGCAGAGGGGCCCCGGGGCGGCGGCGGAGCCCCCCCGGCGGCGGCAGCCCGGCGGGACCAUGCCGGUGAUGAAGGGGCUGCUGGCGCCGCAGAACACCUUCCUCGACACCAUCGCCACCCGCUUCGAUGGCACACACAGCAACUUCAUCCUGGCCAACGCACAGGUCCGCCGCGGCUUCCCCAUCGUCUACUGCUCCGACGGCUUCUGCGACCUCACCGGCUUCGCCCGCACCGAGGUCAUGCAGAAGAACUCCUGCUGCCGGUUCCUCUACGGGGCCGAGACCAGCGAGCCCGUCCUGCAGUGCAUCGAGAAGGUGCUGGACGGCAGGCAGGAGUACCAGACCGAGGUCUGCUUCUACAAGAAGGGUGGAGCUGCCUUCUGGUGCCUGCUGGACAUCAUGCCCAUCAAGAACGAGAAGGGGGAGGUGGUGCUCUUCCUCUUCUCCUUCAAGGACAUCACAGAGAGCCGGGGCAGGAGCCACCUGGGUGAGAAGGAGGAGAAGCAGAGAAGUAGGAAGCCCGGGAGCUCACACCUGCAGGCAGCGCGGAGGCAGGGCCGGACGGUGCUGCGCCGGCUCAGCAGUCAGUUUGCCCGGAGGGACCGCAGCGAGAUGAAAGUCAACGGCACCGUGUUUGAGAACAAGCCGUCUGUCCCCGAGUACAAAGUGGCCUCGGUGCAGAAGUCCCGCUUCAUCCUGCUCCACUACAGCACCUCCAAGGCCCUCUGGGACUGGCUGAUCCUGCUGGCCACCUUCUACGUGGCUGUCACCGUCCCCUACAACGUCUGCUUCACGGGCACGGAGGACAACCUCUCGGCUGCCCGCAGCACCAUCGUCAGCGACAUCGCUGUGGAGAUGCUCUUCAUCCUGGACAUCAUCCUGAAUUUCCGGACGACGUACGUGAGCCAGUCGGGCCAGGUGGUGUACGACCCCCGCUCCAUCUGCAUCCAUUACGUGGCCACCUGGUUCUUCGUGGAUCUGAUCGCCGCUCUGCCCUUCGAUCUGCUCUACGUCUUCAACGUGACCGUGACCUCGCUGGUUCACCUGCUGAAGACGGUGCGGCUGCUGCGGCUGCUGCGGCUGCUGCAGAAGCUGGACCGCUACUCGCAGUACGGUGCCAUGGUGCUCACCCUGCUCAUGUCCGUGUUCGCGCUGCUGGCCCACUGGAUGGCAUGCAUCUGGUACGUCAUCGGCCGCAAGGAGAUGGAGAGCAACGACCCCCAGACCUGGGACAUCGGCUGGCUGCACGAGCUGGGCAAGAGGCUGGAGGCUCCCUACAUCAACAACUCAGUGGGGGGCCCCUCCAUCCGCAGCGCCUACAUCGCCUCCCUCUACUUCACCCUCAGCAGCCUGACCAGCGUGGGCUUCGGCAACGUCUGCGCCAACACCGACGCCGAGAAGAUCUUCUCCAUCUGCACCAUGCUCAUCGGGGCGCUGAUGCACGCCGUCGUCUUCGGCAACGUCACGGCCAUCAUCCAGCGCAUGUACUCGCGCCGCUCGCUCUACCACACCCGCAUGAAGGACCUCAAGGACUUCAUCCGCGUGCACCGCCUGCCCCAGCAGCUCAAGCAGCGGAUGCUGGAGUACUUCCAGACCACCUGGUCGGUGAACAACGGCAUCGAUGCGAACGAGCUGCUGCACGACUUCCCCGACGAGCUGCGCGCCGACGUGGCCAUGCACCUCAACAAGGACAUCCUGCAGCUGCCUGUCUUCGAGACGGCCAGCCGCGGCUGCCUCCGCUCCCUCUCGCUCCACAUCAAGACCUCGUUCUGCGCCCCGGGGGAGUACCUGCUGCGCCAGGGCGAUGCACUGCAGGCCAACUACUUCGUCUGCUCCGGCUCCCUCGAGGUGCUGAAGGACGACGUGGUCCUGGCCAUCCUGGGCAAAGGGGAUUUGAUCGGAGCCGACCUGUGCAGCACGGACCAGGUGAUCAAGACCAACGCCGACGUGAAGGCGCUGACCUACUGCGACCUGCAGUACAUCGGGCUGCGGGGGCUCUGCGAGGUGCUGCAGCUCUACCCCGAGUACGCCAGCAAGUUCACGGCAGACAUCCACCAGGACCUGACCUUCAACCUGCGGGAGGGCAGCGAGACGGAGGGGCUCUGCCGCUCCUCCCGGUCCCCACGGCUGUCGCAGGCACCGCAGACCCAUCCAGAGAGCGGUGCCGCCCUGGAGAAGCCCCUUUCCUCCAUCCUGGAGGACGAGAAGGAGCUUGACGAAAUCUUCCAGCGCUCGCCGGCCACCAUGACCCGGCGCAAGCUGCUGCCACGCCAGCUGAGCAGCCCGGCGCGCCGCGGCUCCCUCGGCUGCCUCCUGGGUGAUGAGCUGUGUCAGAUCUCAGCCCUGCGGCGCAACUGCCUCUCCCCAGCCCGCUGCAGCCGGGGCCGCAGCCCCUCUCCGCACUGCCGGGGGGAUGCCCGGCUCCUGGCGCAGGAGGGCGGUGGGGGCGGGAGGCCGGCCAAGCUCCUCAUCCCCUCGCUGCACGCCUGCGGCCCCCCAGACCUCAGCCCCAGGUACGCGGGACAUGCCAGUGGCUCACCCCGUUCCUGCGGGUUUGUGCCGGCCGCGCUGCGUGGGGAGGCCCCUGGGAAUGGCGGCAGAGGGGCGAGGGGGUGAGCUUGGCCGGCCCUCACCCUCUCCCUGCCCUAGAGUUGUGGACGGGAUUGAAGACAACGGGGGGACAUCGGAGCC